GCUAGAUUUCAUUAAGUUCACUUUGUCUGUUCUUCUUUUUCCAACAAUAAUGGCGGCGACAUUGCCAAAACUUGGUAGCUCUCUAGCUGUGCCUUGUGUCCAAGAGAUAGCCAAGAAGCCACCCACCAGAGUUCCACAAAGAUACGUGCGUCCCGAUCAGGAAAAUCCUUUCGUUUCUAAUAACAAUUCUGUUCUACAAGUCCCUGUUGUGGAUAUGCAAAGGUUACUUUCUGCAGAUUUCAUGGACUCGGAGCUCGACAAAUUACACCAAGCAUGCAAAGAAUGGGGUUUCUUCCAGUUGAUAAAUCAUACGGUGGAUAUUUCUUUGGUGGAGAAAGUGAAAUCGGAGAUUGAGAAGUUCUUCACGUUGCCAAUAGAAGAGAAGAAGAAGUAUGGGCAACUUCCAGGGGAUAUUGAAGGAUUUGGGAAUGCGUUUGUUGUUUCUGAAGAGCAAAAGCUUGACUGGGGAGACAUGUUCUAUUUGACUACUCUCCCAAUUCAUUUGAGGAAACCGCACCUCUUUCCCAAGCUCCCUCUCUCCUUCAGAGAAACUUUGGAGGCUUAUUCGGGUGAAGUAAAAAAUCUGGCAAUGAAAAUUCUGAACCUGAUGGCAAAAGCUCUAGGAAUGGAAGCUAAUGAUAUGAAGGUGUUGUUUGAAAAAGGAUGGCAGUCAAUGAGGAUGAACUACUAUCCUCCAUGUCCACAACCAGAGGUUGCCAUAGGCCUCAGUCCUCAUUCUGACUCCGUCGGCCUCACCAUCCUCCUGCAGAUCAACGAGAUGGAAGGCCUUCAAAUCAAGAAAGAUGGGAUGUGGGUUCCUAUUAAACCUCUUAGUAAUGCUUUUGUUGUCAACAUCGGGGACAAUUUGGAGAUGGUGACGAAUGGAAUUUACCCAAGUAUUGAGCAUCGUGCAACCGUGAACUCCACAAAAGAGAGGCUCUCUAUUGCAACAUUUUACUGCCCCAAACUGGAUGGAGACAUGGGUCCAGCACCGAGCCUUAUUACUCCAGAGACUCCAGCACUGUUUAGAAGAAUUGGAGUUGAAGACUACUUCAAGGGAUUAUUUACACGCAAACUUGAUGGAAAGGCAUACAUUGACGUGAUGAGAAUCGAUAAUCAAGAGGAGUAAAAUAUGUUAAUGUGAGAAAUCUUUUGAGUAUUUUAUCAUAUGAUAAAUAAACACCAGAAAGUUUGUCAGCUUGUAUGAGAAAAUUAAUAAUGUCAAUUCAGACUUGUCUGAUAUAUUAAUAAAUUGUCGAAAUUCUGAGUGCCA